AUGGGCAAAACCCGGCGUAACAGAGGCAAGGCGAGCCAACGCUCCGACCCUCUCGCCAAACCCGUCAAGCCGCCGACGGACCCCGAGCUCGCUGCCCUACGGGAGAAGAGUAUCCUGCCCGUUCUCAAGGAUCUUCAGAGUGCUGAUCCCAAAUCGCGCACUUCGGCCGCAAAGGCCGUCGCUAACAUCAUUCAAGAUGCGCGAUGCCGCAAACUGCUCUUGAGGGAGCAGGUCGUUCACAUCAUCCUCACCGAGACACUCACAGAUACCGGUCUUGAAAGUCGGGCUGCGGGCUGGGAGAUUUUGAAACUUCUGACACAGGAAGAGGAAUCCGACUUCUGCGUGCAUCUAUUCAGAGUUGAUGUCCUUACCGCCAUUGAACACGCAGCUCAGAAGGUCACUGAGUCUCUGAGCGGCCAGAGCCCAGCGAUCAGCAAGGCCUCAAAGGCGGAGCAGAGUCUUGCCUGGGCAAUUUCUGAAGCGCUUGCUACGAUUACUGCUGCUCUUGCAGAGGCCCAGGAUGAUAUUUUGGAGGCCAUCGUUCGCAACGAACAGAUCAUUGCCUUCUUGUUCAAGCUGGUCUCGAGUGACCUGGCGUCGGACGAUGUGAUCAGCAGUGCCUUGUCUUGCAUGAUAACGCUUACUGAGGACAACCGACAAUUUGUUGAGAGAAUUCUUGGCGACGGGGAGCACAAUGUCUUCAAGCAGCUGAUGUCGUUCAAGACGGCAUCAGGAUCACGUGCGGUGUUUGCGUGCGGUGUGCUUCACAACAUCUUUAACGUGAUGGAGUGGGACGACGCAAACCCCGGAAGAGACCAGUCCAGCGACGCCUUGUUGAUACCUACUCUUACCGAUGCCCUCGCCAUAGCGCCAACAAGCAACAAAGCCGCAAAUGGCGACAGUGGAUCGAAUAGCCCAGUUGAGAUUCUGCAACUGGCGCUUGAGAUUCUAGCGUCUAUCGGCACUGCAGUGCAAGAGACUUUGGAAAGAGGGAACAAGAUGAGCAAGAAGGAUAAGAAGCCCAAGAAGACUAGCAACGAGUUCAAGGGUUUCGACGACGAAGACACCGCCAUGGACGCCGAAGACGGCGCGGAUGCGUCAGACAAGGAACAAGACGAAGACGACGAAAUGGACGAGGAUGAGAUGGAGGCUGAUAUGGACAUGGUGACUGGAGCAGACGAUUACCCUGAGGGUGCAGCUGGCCUGGACGAUCUACCGACCCUCGGGCUUCUCAUCCAGAAAGCCAUCCCUCAAAUUGUCAAAGUAGCCAAGUCCAACGACAAGGCCGACGAAGCCUCCCAACUCAUCAGAGGCCAUGCCUUCACGACUCUCAACAACAUCGCGUGGACCGUGGCGUGCAUCGACUUCUUGGAGGAGCAAAACGCCCCCAUUCUAGCCGCAUGGACGCCCGCGGCGCAGAUGAUUUGGAAGAACGGGGUCGCGCACAUCCUCUCCAGCGACACCUCGGAUGUUGCCCUGGCGACUAUCGUCACAAGUCUAGCGUGGGCCAUCGCCACAACGUUGCACGAGAGGACGCCACUUGGCGCCGACGAGCCCAACAAGUUCAUCUCUCUCUACCAUGCGUCGACCGGCCUGCCUGCCGAGCAGGAGGACCCUUUCCAGGGGCUCGGCGUCAAGUGCAUCGGUGUGCUGGGCCAGCUUGCCCUGGACCCGGCGCCGGUGCAGCUCAACCGCGAGAUUGGCGUGUUCUUGGUCAUGGUCGUGGCCAAGUUGCCGGAAACCCCGGCCGCCGACGCCAUCGAGGCGCUCAACCAGCUGUUCGACAUCUACGGGGACGAGAACCAGGCAUGCGACAAGGAGGUCUUCUGGAAGGACGGGUUUUUGAGGUACUUUGAGGAGGCCACCCCCAAGGUGAAGGCGAUGAUCAAGAAGGUCGACAAGAGAAGGUUCCCCGAGCUAAGGACCCGUGCCGAUGAGGCGGGCCUGAACCUAUCCAGAUUCAUCCAGUAUAAGCAGAAGCACCGGCAGUGA